UUGAAGUUAAUUAUUUAGGAGAAUGAAGUUUCGAGUUAUUUUAUAUCGGUGGGAUAUAGAUGUAUAGAUAUAGGUACAUUAAUAGCUAAGGUUUUGGUAACAAAGGGGGGCAAAAUAGGAAACUCAGAAAGUUUGCAUGAAAAACUCGGUAAUAGAGGACUAUACAAGAGGACGCCUGGCGUGAUGCUUCAACCAUUUAGUACCAAAUGUUCUUCUUCCCAUAAACCAAAAUCACUUUCCUUUUCUUUCUUUCUCUUCUACUUUUUCCUUCUUCUUCUUAUUAUUACUAUUAUUUACAAAUAAAAUAGCUAGGAUAGCGACAAAACAGUUAUAUAUAUCAAAAGAUCAUCAUGCUUUAGUUUUGAUCUUGGUUUCAAUCAGCCUUAUAUAUAUAUGUUAUGUAAGUUAAAGAAUAUAUACAAUAUGGUGAAUAGUAACAAAAAAUCAUGGUCUGCAUGUUGGACCAGGACAUCAUCAUCAACUCUUUUGCUGCUCAUGAUUCCAUUGGUAGUGAUUUCUGGGUUUGUUUCAGUUUUGGGACCCAAAUCUUCCAACUGGGUUUCCAUGUCCAACUUCACUAAAUGGAAUUCAUCAUCAUUAACAUCAUCAUCAUCAUCAGCAGCAGCAGAAGGAGAUCUUUUAAAGGGUAUUUCUGUACUUUCAACUCCAAAUGAUGAUCAUAAUGGUGUUUUGGGUUUGAGGUCAAACUUGGUGGUGCUUGACAAUAAGAACAAUGUAGAAGAAGCUAUUACUACUUCAGCUUAUGAGUCUCCACUAAACCAAUCUUCUUCUUCUUCUUCACCACUUACCAUUAAUAUUGAAGCUGAUGAUCUCUCUCCAUCUUCUCAUCAAGAACAUAACACGACCAAAGAAGAAAUUAUUACUAGUAACAGUGAUGAAUCUGGUGGGGAGAUUGUCGUUUCUUUGGGAAUUAAUAUUAAUGAAUCUGAUCAUGAAAUUCCACCUAUUAUAAGAGCUAGACGACAAAGAGUUUAUACCAAAUUGGAAAGGCUAGAGGGGUCUUUAAUUAGAGCCCGAUCUGUAAUUAGUGAGGCCAAAAUUGGAAAUCAGACUCAAGAUUCCCAAUAUACCCCUGAUGGUCCAAUGUAUUGGAAUCCCAAAGCUUUUCACAGGAGCUACUUAGAAAUGGAAAAACAAUUUAAGGUGUUUGUUUAUGAAGAAGGAGAACCACCAUUGUUUCACAAUGGGCCUUGUAAGAGCAUAUAUUCCAUGGAAGGAAAUUUCAUCCACGAGCUUGAAAUGAAUAGCCAGUUUCGAACAAAAGAUCCCCAAAAAGCACACGUUUUUUUCUUACCUUUUAGCGUUACAAUGUUGGUUCGUUAUGUUUAUGUUCGAGACUCCCACGAUUUUAGUCCCAUACGACAAACCGUAAUUGACUAUGUUAAUGUCGUUUCUUCCAAAUACCCCUUUUGGAAUCGUAGCCUUGGAGCUGACCAUUUCAUGCUCUCUUGCCAUGAUUGGGGGCCAGAAGCAUCAUCCUCUGUUCCUAACCUACGCAAAAACUCAAUAAGGGUAUUAUGCAAUGCCAACACCUCCGAAGGUUUUAACCCCACAAAAGAUGUUUCCUUCCCCGAAAUCAACCUCCUAACCGGGCUAACCGAUGGUUUUCUAGGCGGUCCUUCAGCUUCGAAGCGUCCGAUUCUUGCUUUUUUCGCAGGAGGGCUUCAUGGCCCAAUUAGGCCUAUUUUACUAGAGCAUUGGGAGAACAAAGAUGAAGACAUGAAAAUACAUCAGUACCUUCCCAAAGGGGUAUCUUACUAUGACAUGUUGAGAAAGAGCAAGUACUGCAUUUGUCCUAGUGGAUAUGAGGUUGCGAGUCCAAGGAUAGUUGAGGCCAUCUACACAGGCUGCGUGCCUGUCCUCAUAUCCGAUCACUAUGUACCGCCUUUUAGCGAUGUUCUUAAUUGGAAAUCCUUCUCGGUAGAGGUACCGGUUAGCGAAAUUCGAAAUUUGAAGAAAAUUCUAAUGAGCAUUUCUCCUAGGCAAUACAUAAGAAUGCAGAGGAGAGUGGUUAAAGUGAGGAAACACUUUGAGGUUAACUCUCCUCCUAAGAGAUUUGAUGUGUUUCACAUGAUUCUUCACUCGGUUUGGCUUAGAAGACUGAAUAUUAGAGUCCGUGAUGAUCUUUGAAUGCAUGAGAUUAUUUGAUUCAAUUCAAGUGUGUAGUUUGGUGGUUUUGUAUGGUCUAAGAUGAUCAUGAUUAGAUUCUUUUUCCUUAAUUUGGUCCAAUAAUCGUGUAUUUUUUUUCAAGCUUUGGUGACUUAGAUAGCCUUUAAAUUAGAUAAUCAAUUAAUAAAUUGUAAAAAAAAAAUCAUGUUUGUAUUAUUUUUUUUUUGUUCUACGUUUUCUGUAUUUGGCUGUCAUAGUAAUCCAAAUGGAGAUUAAAUUUCAAGAA